CCUUCUUGUGGCGGAGCGUCUGUGUAGUAACGGUUAGCGGUGUGAAAGCAGCCAGCCUGUUGAAUCAUAGUCAGCCUGCUUAUUUUUACAUUUGUACAGAUACUUUGAAACACAUGUCAAACUUUGUGGUUUGACGCUGUCUGACUGAAAUAAUGCUCGUUAAAACGAGUGAAGCUAACCUAAAACAAUAAUAACUUUAGCUCGUGAAGCGAGGGUGGAAAACCUAUUUUCCACCAUGUUAAAGUUCAGCUUCAGGAGGGAGAGAGACAAGGACUUUAAACAUAUAGCUCAUGGUUUGAUCCCUGCUGCCUCCAUUGCUCCCAAGCCUGCCGUGCCUCGUACUCCACCCCCACAUAGCCCAAAUCCUUCACCUGAGAGACCCAGAUCAGCUUUAGCAGCAGCCAUCUUGUCUUCUUCGCUCACUGGACAGACAUGGGCCAUUCCCCUUGUCCGGCCUAGGUCUUUCUCUGAGAGUGGCCAAUCAGAGUCCUUCAUAUCCGAACCAAACAUCAGCACAGCACUUUACACCAGAGACAGAUGGUCAGAGGAUUUGGCUAACCGGCCACGCUUGUCUUCCCCUGAGCACUCGGAGGAGGAGUUGGAAGACAGGGAAGAGGAGUUAGAGAAUGAAGAGGACAGAGAAGAACAUGUUUAUCAAACUCUGGAUGGACGGGAGAUUAGUUCAAUCGCAGAACAGGUCUAUGCCGUGCCCCUAAAACCAAAGACCAGUGCACCCCAGCCAAAUCAGAUGUCUGGUGGAAGAGUGCCUUCUCCAGAUUACACUGAGGAAAACAGCAUCCAGUCUCCUGAAGCCAGCUGUCAGUCUUCCAAAAAGAAAUCCUCUAUCAGGAAGAGCCCUGGAAGUCAAAAAAAAAUUGUGCCUCCGAGAUCCACACUACCCACCCUUACCACUGACUACUCCAGCCAAUCCAGUGAAGCCAAAAACCCAAAACACUCCACCCAGCUGUCUCCAGAGCCCAGCAAGGUGUACAAUGAGGUUCAGAGGGAGGUAGUGAGGCCCCUGCCAGAGAGGAACCCGAGGAUGGUAGAUGAAGAAAAGCUCCUGGAGGAGAGACUGCGACGACUGGAACAGGAGAUCAGUCACAGCCAGACCUCCUCAAACCUGAGGUCAUCUGCAGGCAGCCAGGCAGAGCUACAGAAUUUGAGACAACAUGCCCAGGAGCUGGUUGAUGAAAAUGACGCCCUCAAACUGACAGUUCACCGUCUGAAUGUGGAGCUGAGUCGAUAUCAAACCUGCUUCAGACCAUUAUCCAAACAAGAGAGUUCCAAAAUCAGUGGCUUACCAAGUAAAGGCUCUCCUCCUCCCUGGCUGCUUGACAUGAAGUAUUUAUCUCCUCUGUUGCUGGCCUAUGAAGACAGGAUGAACGAGAAAGAUGCACUUCUGCAAACCACUGAGGAGGAGGUGAAGAGGUUACGUGUUCGUGUGGAGGAGGUGAUCAAAGAAAACGAGAGACUCCAUGAUGAAAUUGCAAAGAUAGGUGGGAUCAGCCAGAAAGACUGUCAUCAACUACAACAACAGGCCUUUCUGGUUUUGCAGGAGAACCAGGUUUUGAUUGAUCAGCUCGAGGCCCAGCACGUUAAGGCCAAGGCCAGCCACAGCAAACACCAUUCUGAAGUUUCCAAGGUGUCUAAACAACUGAUGUUGUUAGAGGCGGAAAAGCAGCGUUUGGAGGAAGACCUGGAAGAAAGCAGGAGGGAGUUGCAGAAAAAUAUAAGAGAGGUACAAGUUCUGCAGGCCCGCCUCAAGGAUGCCAUCACCUGGGAUGAACACUGCAACAUUGCUGGGAAACUCAGACGGCAAUUGGAGCAGCAGGAGAGUAGGAAUAAGGGUGAGAUGGACGGUUUCCUUCUCAGAUUGUCCAGCCUGCAGGAGGAGAAUCGGAGUCUGGCUCUGGACAAAGCCAACCUUACUGCUGAUUUAAAGAGAGUGGAGACUGAGCUGGACAUAAAAAAACAAGCCAACAGGAAGGCUGAGAGGAGGAUGAGUAUAUUAAAGAGACAAAAGGAAGAGUCUGCGUUGAAAGAGGAACAGACUCGGCAUUACAUGGGAGCUGUCAUUUCUGUGGCGGAGCACAUUUCCCAGGAGAGAGACCAACUGUUACAGAUGGCUUCGGUUCUUCAAAAGGAAAAGCAGGGAUUCGUCAGCAGGAUGCUGAAUGGCACAGUUCGAUUCGGAAAACUGCAGGAAGAAGUCAAAGUGUACCGGAGGCAAGCGUCAACCAGGCUGGCAGUGUUGGAGGAGGCAGCGGAGGGGAGGACAGCUUCUUACCAGAAGGAGAUCCUUCACCUGCAGAGGCUGCUAAGAGAAAGACAGGAGGCUGAGGAGAGACUGCUGCAGUCCAAACGGGAAGUCGAGGAAGAGUUGGAGGUGGUGUGGCAGGCAGCAACCAGGGAGAACCAGCAGAUAAAGGAGACUCUUCUGGACGCAAAGAUCACUGCAAACCACCACAUUCGUGCCGUUUCUGGCAGUGCCUCUCCUGGCUGGCAUUCUCAGAAUGCAGAUGAGGACACUACAUCCACCCAGCAUAAACCACACAGCCCUGAGCUCCAGAGAAGAGCCACAUUUAAAUCUGUCUUAGAUCACCAAAACAGCUCCUUGGAUGAGAAGCAUAAGUACGGGCUGGAUUACUACUGCUAAAACUCUUGAGACCAUAACCCAUCCUGAACAUGUGUUCGUUUAGGUUAGGUACAGUCCUGAAUGUGUCAAUGUACAGACUUUGAUUCACAGAUAAAAGCUUAAACUGGGUACGUUCACACUUUUUUCUCCUGUAAGGAAAACCUUUUAAGAAUACAGCUCACUUUGCAAUGUGGAAAAAUAUACCUGACAUUAGUCUGUCUCAUCAGAAAGACUUCCAUUUUAUAAAUAAAGAUCUUUGUCUUUUCUAAAACAAUGUAUUUGUAGUCUCAAAUUAGUCUUAGGGUUUUAUAGACCAUGCCAAGUAUAACAGAUAAGAAGUAAACCCAACAGUGGAGAAAAUUGCUUCCAAAAGAACAUAGUAAAUGUUGCCAUCUCCUGGACACAUAAGGUAAUUCAUGUCAGAAUAACAAUAUUAAAUGGUACAUAACACAUUAAAGGUACUCUAAAUCUGUAUCUGUGUGGAGGAUGGAGGCGCCUUAGGCUCCUUUCAGGGACAUAUUUCACACUAAAGAGCAGUUAACAAUAAAUGGGGGAAACAAAAACCAUGUCCCCAAUUAGGAAAGGCAAAUUUUUGGGUCAGUGAUUAAUGGGUAAGCAAGUAGUGGUUAUAGUUCAGAUAAGUCUCCAGCAAAUAAACGUAAGUAUGUGUGAUGUCUCUAAAAGUGACAUACUGUAAGUAAAAGUGCGCAUGUGUAAAUCCUGAAAUCCUGGGGUCAAGUACAGCAAUUUAUAUUCUAUUACAUACAGUACAAAUACAAGACGGUUAAUGUGCUAAACUUUAUUACUUUUUGUAAAUAUACACUCAUUCAGAAUUUAAUGCCUGCAGCACGUUGGGACAAGAGCGACAAAAGACUGGGGACAUUGUGAAAGCUCAAAAAACAUGAAAAGCAUUCACAAGCAGAGAUGGGACGAGGUUCGUCAUUUUGUAAAAAAUAAAAUUGUUUAAGGACAACGUUUCUCAACAAACAAUUGCAAAAAAUGUAGAGAUUUCACCAUCUGCAAUCCAUAAUAUUAAAGAUUCAGAAAAAACAGGGAAGUCUUUGCACCUAAGAGGCAAGGCCAAAAACCAACCUUUGACCCCUCAGGUGGCACUGAAUUAAAAAUUGACAUGAUUGUAUUAAAGAUAUCACUACAUGGGCUCAGUAAAUACAGUUCAUUGCUGUAUCUACAGAUAGUUAACCCUCUGAGGUCCAAGCAAUGGGUCUAUCAGCUGUUUUUGCAACCCAGAAAGAAAAAAGUGUGAAGAUAAAAAAAAGUUAAAUUCAUAUAUAUUUAUACACGCUUGGCUAUAUUUUCAUAUUAUCAUUACCUUUGUAACCUGUAAGAUUACAUUUUGGAACAUGGUUGAUUUAGCUGAAUUUGGUAAUUGAUGACUUGCACUAAAACUCUUUUAGACUCAGUGAAGUGAUUUAUUUGGUUUAAGUAAUAAAGGAACAUGUUUCACGGUCA